GCGUCGACUUGCUGGCUCCAACCCCAACCAUGACCCACCAUGACCCGCCGUUCCGCCUUGUCCAUGUCCUUGUCCUAGUCCGCUAGCGAUGGCGCUUGCUCUAUCCACCUUCGCACACCACGGUUGACGCUGGUCAGCAUGCGAAUGGCCGUGGCCUCGCCCCAUGCCUGACGGACUGCUGGCUGGCUGCAUCGUCGCCCACGGGCCAGACUCUGCCGUGUCUCCCUGCUUGCUCGCUCGCUCAGUCCCCAGAUCGAGGGCCACCACUGACUGCCUCUUGCCAUGCUGCACUUUUAUUAGCCUCCAUGCUGUCGAAUCAAUGCCGAACCGCCGUUUGCACAUCCUCGCGUUCCAGUCCUGGAAUCGGUUUGGCGCUGCCCGCUCCGUACGAGUUCCACGUCCCGAGAGCCGAACGCACCCCCCGUUGCAAACUUAUUAA